UCGAACUGCACUUCCCAGUAGGCCCUGGGGUUAGAGUGGCCGUAGCUGGAGUGGUGCCAGCCCGUCAUAGAUGACCGGAGCCAGCCUCCUGCCUUCCGUGUUCGAGGCAGAGCCACAGAGAGACCGGCUGCAGCCGUCCUGGCCUCCCUCUGGCCCUGAGAGCUCCCCUGGCUUGCCUCAAGCCUCGCCUUCUCAGACUUCGCGCUCCGAACGGGGAGACCAGGCUUCUGCACCGGAAACAAAGCACCGGUUGUGACGUCACAGCUGCAGAGCGCCCGGCCUCCCAGAAGGCACUGCGUCCCUGGCGUCCUCAACUGGCGGCGGCGCGCACAAAUGGUCGCCGCGGCUUGUGAGGGCGCUCGGAAGGGCGAGGGGAGGGCUUGGCCAAUCGCGCCUUGUUUUCCUGUCUACCCCGGAGCCUGAGUCUCUGAGCCGUCCCCAGCGAACGCUCAGGGGCUGCAGAGGCCCCGAGAGCUUGGCUCUCUAGCAGAUUUCUUCCAGUAAGAGGUAGCUCUGGAGGCCCCCAGAAACGAGUGUGGUGUGUGUUUGCAAGGCAUGAUGACUGCAAAAGUGGUUCCUAUGCCCCCAAAGCCAAAGCGGUCAUUUAUACUGAGAGUUCCACCAGACUCCAAGCUGGGCCAAGACCUACGUCGGGAUGCCACUAAUGGGCCCAAGACCAUCCACCAGCUAGUGCUGGAGCACUUCCUCACCUUCUUGCCCAAGCCAAGCCUGGUCCAGCCCAGUCAGAAAGUCAAGGAAACCUUGGUUAUUAUGAAAGAUGUGAGCUCAAGACUUCAGAACAGAGUGCAUCCUCGUCCCUUGGUGAAGCUUCUGCCCAAAGGAAUCCAACAAAAACAAGAGACAGUGUCUCUGUGUUUGAAAGCUAACCCUGAGGAGCUGGUGGUCUUUGAGGAUUUGAAUGUAUUUCACUGCCAGGAAGAAUGUGUGAGCCUGGAUCCUACUCAACAACUCACCUCAGAGAAGGAAGAUGACAGCAGUGUCGGCGAAAUGAUGUUACUGGUCAAUGGCAGUAAUCCUGAAGGUGAAGAUUCUGAGAAGGAAUCUAUAGAAAAUGAAGAUUAUAGAGCAAAGUCUUCAGAUGAUGAUGAAAUGGAUUCUUCAUUGGUCUCUCAGCAGCCUCUAGAUAACCAGGAAAAGGAAAGACUAAAUACAUUCAUUCAACAGAAAAGGAAAAUGAGAAAUCUGUUAGUUACCAUUGAGAAUGAUACUCCCUUAGAGGAACUCUCAAAAUAUGUAGAUGUCAGUAUUAUUGCACUUACUCGAAAUCGGAGGACAAGGAGAUGGUACACUUGUCCACUGUGUGGGAAACAGUUUAAUGAAAGUUCUUAUCUUAUUUCCCACCAGAGGACUCACACUGGAGAAAAACCCUAUGACUGUAGUCACUGUGGGAAAAGCUUCAAUCAUAAAACAAAUCUCAAUAAACAUGAACGGAUUCAUACAGGAGAGAAACCUUAUUCCUGUUCUCAUUGUGGGAAAAAUUUUCGUCAGAAUUCUCAUCGGAGUCGUCACGAAGGAAUCCAUAUAAGGGAGAAGAUAUUUAAGUGUCCAGAAUGUGGGAAAACCUUCCCAAAGAAUGAGGAAUUUUUGCUUCAUCUGCAGAGUCAUGAGGCUGAGAGACCAUAUGGUUGCAAAAAAUGUGGGAGAAGAUUUGGUCGGCUGUCAAACUGUACCCGGCAUGAGAAAAUCCACUCAGCCUGUAAGACCCAAAAGCAGAAGUAAUAUUGGGAAAGGUUUGAUGGUGCUUCCUCAACCUAAGAGCUUUCAUAAUGAAUUCUGAAUUCCCAAGCUGCCUAAAAAGAUACAAAUAUGUAGGCGGGGCUCUGUGGCUCACACCUGUAAUCCCAGCACUUUGGGAGGCCGAGAUGGGUGAAUUACAAAGUUAGGAAUUUGAGACCAGCCU